AUGCACUGCAUAAACUUUUCCAAACUUAUUGGGCUCUUUGGAUUGGUGCUCCACAAAGUCGUUGCUGCUGAGCCAGAACAUGUAGCCAAACGAGGUCAUGACUACAUCUUACCGAGAGCCCCAGUAGGCCCCCAUGGACUUCUCCAAGAGGUAAAGCUUCUUGAAGGGCACGGGGUGAAGGAACGCCAAGUGUCAGUAACAUCGGCUGUGACACUGGUCUUGACCGUCGCCCCUGAUGAGACCUGCGGCUACCUGUCGGGAAGUGUCGGUGUUCCAAUUACUUGCGAGAAUGGAGCUAGCUGUACAUGGGAACCCAACAAGCUCAACAUAAUCGCAUGUGGAACAGAUCACUACUUACAGUGUGUCGAAUCCAAAACGGCCGCCGAUCCGAAGUUAUGUGAUGAUGUUUGCCAAAGUGACACUUGGAACUUAUUAUGUACCAACUCGGAUGCACCGUACUGUCGCACUUACCUCUAUCCAAGCGGUGUCAUCGAUUAUCGUUGUGCUUCUACAUCAGUCACGGCAAACCAGAGAGUGGAACAUACCUUUGAGGGCGACGACAAUCCAAAUUUCAUCACCACAACCCUAAGCGACGAUGUGUCGACGAUUUCUGAACCUAGAACAGUUCCUAGUGGACGGCUCACUGAUGGCCCGACGAAAACGACUACGACUACGAAUCCUGGUCCGACAAGCACAACUGCAAUUCCUCCUAUCCCGCCUAAACCGACUCCGGUGGGAGCUAUUGUUGGGGGUGUUGUUGGAGGUUUAGCUGUCCUAGGUCUCAUUACUCUUGGAAUCAUCUUUGCCUUGAGGCGCCGUAAGCCCAAGCCCACGGUUGAAACGACACUAUCCUACCAACCAAACUUGGUCCAACAACCUGCUCAAAUUACUCAAAAGCCACAACCAGGUCCUCCUCAUCAAUACGUGGUCCCUUCGCCUUACCCUGAUCCCAGCAUGGCAUAUUCUUCUGUUCAGCCAAAUACCCGUACAUCAAUGUUUAGUGGAUCAGUUUCUCCAAUCGGGCCAGCUUCCCCGAUGGGAUGGAGUCAACAUCAAACACCUGCGCCAAUUGCAUCUCCAGCUCCAGCCUACGAAGUCGCUGGCCCUGAAGCACGCCAGGCUCCUUCGAUUCAUGAAUUAGGCGCUGACACAACUAUGAACAAGUAG